UGCAAGGAGAACAGGAAUAAAAGGGCGGGUGGGGGGAGGGGAGGUAGAAGCAGCAGCAUCCUUCUCUUCCCCCUCCAAAUCCCUCUUCCUAACCCCACAGUAUAUAUAUAUAUAUAUGCUCUGUCCCUCCUGAUGCCCCUCUGAGCACCAACCAAUCCAGACCCAAAAAUCAGAGACUAAACAGAGAGAUCAAUCUAUAGGAAGGGAGUUCAUCUAGAAGGAGAUGGGAGGCAGCAGCAACUGGAGCGGCGGCGGACCCACCGGCAGCAAGCUGCUGGAGAUCCUGAACGUGAGGGUGGUCGGCAACCCCAACCGUCCGGCGCUGGUGCUCUCCCACGGCUUCGGCACCGACCAGUCGGCGUGGAACCGCGUCGUCCCCUACUUCGAGCGCGACUACCGCAUCGUUCUCUACGACCUCGUCUGCGCCGGCAGCGUCAACCCCGACCACUUCGACUUCCGCCGCUACACCACCCUCGACGCCUACGUCGACGACCUCCUCGCCAUCCUCGAUGCCCUCCACAUCGACCGUUGCUUCUUCGUCGGCCAUUCCGUCUCCGCCAUGAUCGGCAUCCUCGCCGCCAUCCGCCGCCCCGACGCCUUCCUCAAGCUCAUCCUCAUCGGCGCCUCUCCCAGGUUUUUGAAUGAUAAGGACUAUAUCGGAGGAUUCGAGAAGGGGGAGAUAGAGCGGGUGUUCGUGGCGAUGGAGUCGAACUACGAGGCAUGGGUGAGGGGUUUCGCGCCGCUGGCGGUGGGGGCGGACGUGCCGGCGGCGGUGAGGGAGUUCAGCCGGACGCUGUUCAACAUGCGGCCGGACAUCUCCUUGUUCGUGUCGAGGACGGUGUUCCACAGCGAUCUCCGAGGGGUGCUGGGGGUGGUGCGGGUGCCCUGCGUCAUCGUCCAGACGGCCAAGGACGUGUCGGUGCCGCUCUCCGUCGCCGCCUACCUCAAGACCCACCUCGGCGGCCGCACCACCGUCGAGAUCCUGAACACCGAGGGCCACCUCCCCCACCUCAGCGCCCCCGCCGCCUUCGUCACCGCCCUCCGCCGCUCGCUCGCCCGGUGACCGGUGGCGGUGGUCGUGGCGUCUGGGGCCCUCCACCACCACGGACGGCACCAUUGAAUUGAUUAAGUGCUGGGCUGUUUGGCUGAUGACACGUGGAGAAUAAUGUGUGGGUGCUUACCGGUUAUGCCGGAUAAAUUAUCUGAGUACCCCACGUGGAGGUCAUGUCAUCUCGCUUUAUUUUUAUUUUUAUUUUUAUUUUUGUUUGUGCUUAUCUUUUUCUCAACGAAGGUGGUGGAAGAACGGAUGGGAUUUCCUUUGCUUUUGAAUCUACCUUCAAUAAGUGAAGUAGAUGUAUAAUUGGGUUGUGGUUUGAUGCGCAGGGGGCGUGUGGUGGGCUUCGCCGCAUAAACUUUGCUUUUCUUUUUCUGGUGGUAGGUGGGGGAGAGAGAUGAGGGGAGAUUUAUUUUGGAGAAACGAAUGAUUUGCUGCGUGCAAGGGAAGGUUGGGUGAUAGGAGCAAUCAAUUAUGGAGAUAGAUCAGAUGGGUCCCCUGGAGGGCCACCAUUGAUG